AUGCCUUCUUAUCUCGUCACCGGAACAUCCCGAGGCCUCGGUUUCGAGUUCGUUCGUCAAUUGUCGGCUGACUCGAACAACACCGUUAUUGGAUUCGUCCGUAACAAAAAGGCAACCGAAGAGAAGAUUCAGCGUGAAUUACCUGGACGAUCCAACAUUCACACUGUUCAGGGCGAGAUUCAAAAGCUCGAGGAUGUAAAGAACUUGGUCAAAGAGGUGGCCAAGAUCGCGGGCGGUAGCCUUGACUACAUCAUCGCCAACGCUGCCCUCCAAUCCGAAUGGUCUGCCCAUAACCCCAUCGGAGUUCUGGGCGAGGAACCCGAGAGACUCGAAGAAGAUAUGCUUGAGUCCUUCAAGAUCAACACUCUUGGAAACAUCCACCUGUUUAACCUAGCCCUCCCACUUAUCCGCAAAGGCCAAGCCAAGAAGAUCAUAUCCAUCUCGUCGGGAAUGGCCGAUCCAGAUUUCAUCACAAAUUUCUCCAUCACCGAUGGGGCCCCCUACACCAUCAGCAAGGGCGCACUUAAUAUCGCCGUUGCCAAGUUCGAUGCCCAGUAUAGGAAGGAGGGUAUCUUGUUCAUGGCUGUUUCUCCCGGUCUUGUUGCGACUCAGGACACGUCAAACUAUACCGAAGAACAGCUUCAAGGAGUUCGAGACAUGGUCGCCGCCUUUAAAGGCUAUGCCCCUCAUUGGGAGGGAGCAAUUUCCCCCGAAGAGUCUGCCACUGCAGUUCUUUCUGUCAUCGACAAGGCUAGCAUUGAGGCUGGUAAUGGUGGCUCUUUCGUGUCUCACUAUGGAAAUAAGCAAUGGCUUUGA